GGGGGAUUAAUCAAGUCAUCAAAUGAACCUUUCCCCCACACCAUUCAUACAUGAAAGACAAAGAGGACAUCUCACUCACCCAUCCUCCUAUUAUUUCGGCCCUAGCAUCAAUUAGGAAGUUAAAGAAUCUAAAAAAACAUCAUCUAUACCAGCUCUACUCGAACUAAGAACAAGGAGAAGGAAGCAAGAAAAGAGAAGAAGGCUGCCAACUAGUUCGUACAAUUUCAACCCUCGAGAUUGUUCACCUCAUAUCUCACGCAUCUAUUAUCCAAUGAGCUUGAGUGAGGUGUUAUUAGAUAGGUCUUGAAGAGAGCUUUCAGACGAGGUGCUGCAAUUAAGGAUACGAGGUGUUUACAGCUCAAAAAGGGCAGAUAAACACACGAGGAAUUUUACCACGGUGUUCUAGACUUCUCAAGAAACCUAGGAGUGGCCCGAAAAGCCACCGGAGCCGCCGGAGUUUUCGCCAGAAAAUUUAAAAGUCGCCAGAGUUCAAACAAAGAAGAUAAAAGCUUGCUAGCGUCAUUUCAAGGUUGGAGCUAAUUCGAAAAAGGAUGAUUUAGAGGUUAAAAAUGAGAAUGAUGACACUAUUCGUGAUUGGGCAAAUCUUCCAGGCGACCUCUUGAUACAAAUAUUGCAACAUCUUUACCUUGACGAUGUCAAACGUUUUCACAAAGUAUGCAAAUCGUGGGAUGCUCUCGAAGAUCCUAAAGAACAUAAUCCGCUCACCUUCCCCACUAUUCCCUCUCAAUGGCUUGUUCACAAGGACACCUACAAUGACACCGUAUUAAAAUUCUUUCACGGCGUUUACGACCAUAGCUACUCCGUAGAUAUCCCCGAACUGUUAUCGUCAGUUUUGUUGUAUUCCAACAAUGGUUGGCUCCUGUUACGUGAAGGUAUUGAAAUAAUCUUCUUUUUCAACCCAUUCACCAAUGAGAGAGUUGACUUGCCUAACAAACCCGGAUGGGUUGUGUGGAAGGGUGCCAUCUUCUUGUCUGAACCAACCGCUACUGAUUGCAUGGUUUUUGGGGUUAUGUCAGUUAUGGGAAAGUGGGUUCGUAUCUACACAAUCAGCCGCGGAGAAGGGGAUUGGGAGGAAUCUGUAUUUGAUUUUGAUGAGGACGACACACCCAUGUUCCAAUCCGUGUGUAGUCCAGUUUUCCAUAACGGCAAGCUAUAUUGCUUAGGCGCGGAAGGAAAAAUGGGCGUGUUUGAUCUCAAAGGAAGAAAUUGGACGAUUCAUGACGUUUCGGGCCGGCCUCACGUGGAUCAAACGGAUGAAAGCUAUCUUCUCGAGUGCAAUGGACAACUGAUGGCAGUGUUUCUGUCAUUCAUGGGACAAGAGAUUUGCGUUCUUGCACUGGACGCGGAUAAAAUGGAGUGGGAAAAAGUGGACAGUUUGGGUGAAUUUAUGUUGCUCAUCAGUGCUCCUACAUCUCUCGCAGUCAAGGCAGUUAUAGCCGGAAUGGAGAACAAAAUUUACUUCCCCAGAUUCUAUGAUCACCAGAUUGUGUUUUACUGUCUUAAAACCUGUUUGUACAAGACAUUUGGGAGCUUCUCAAAAGAAGACUUGUUUGAGACGGCAGAACAACUGAACUGUUGUUGGAUGCAACCAUCUGCUGCCCGUGCUUCUACUCCAAAGCAUCUUGAUUGGUUAGUCUCCUUGCAUGAAGAAAGAUGAAGGCCUUAAUUAGACAGUAUAAUGUUGUGAAUUCCUAUUAAUUAAUUUGUGUUCUGUACGAUGACAUGUUUUUAUAAUUAAUUAGCUUAGUCUCAACCAUAUUUUCCAGAAUACUCCCUAGAUAGAAGGUUAGGAACUUAGGAUCUUAUAAUUCGUGUUAUGUACUAUGGCAAUAUUGUUAUGUAAUAUGUGGAUGUCCAUUAUGAUAUCUGGCCUGUUAGUAUUGUUAGAGUCUAG